UGAACAGUUGCACAGAAGUCAGUCGGCAUUAGGUCGGGAGGACCCACUAAGAGUUUCGGUAUUGCUUCUGCCGCUAUGCCUGUUAACCGAAGCAGCUUCAGCUCCACGUCCAUGUCCCGCAGCAGUGGUGGAGGCGUGGGACGAAGCAGCAGUGGUUUUGGCAGCAGGAGCCUUCACAGUCUAGGGGCAAGCAAGAGGAUUUCCAUGAGUGGAGGGUAUUGUUCUGCUAGCCCGGGAUGUGGCUAUGGUUCAGGUCAUGGUGGGUUGGCAUACAGAAUUGGUGGAGCUGGGUUUGGGUUUGGAGGAGGAUGUGGCCCUGGAGGUAUUCAAGAGGUCAUGGUCAACCAACACCUCUUGGUACCUCUUAACUUGGAGAUUGACCCCAACAUGCAAAAAGUGCGGCAGGAGGAGAAGGACCAGAUCAAAUCCCUCAACAACAAAUUUGCCUCCUUCAUUGACAAGGUGCGCUUCCUGGAGCAACAAAACAAAGUACUGGAGACCAAAUGGAGCCUCUUGAAAGACCAAAAAAUUGUGAAAAAUAACCUUGAACCCAUGUUUGAUGCGUACAUCAGCAACAUGAGGAGACAGCUUGAGGCUCUAGGAGGGGAUAGGCUGCGGCUCAGCUCAGAGCUGAAGGCUAUGCAGGAUGCUGUUGAAGACUUCAAGAUCAGGUAUGAAGAGGAGAUCAACAAGCGCACUACGGCAGAGAAUGACUUUGUUUUGCUCAAGAAGGAUGGGGAUGCUGCCUACGUGAACAAGGUGGACCUAGGGACCAAGGUGGAUGCACUGACAGAUGAGAUUAACUUCCUGCGAGCCCUUUACGAAGCAGAGCUGUCUCAGAUGCAGUCACAGAUCUCCGACACCUCCGUGGUCCUGUCCAUGGACAACAACCGGAACCUGGACCUCAACAGCAUCAUUGCGGAGGUCAAAGCGCAGUACGAGGACAUCGCCAACCGGAGCCGGGCAGAGGCCGAGUCCUGGUACCAGAGCAAGUACGAGGAGCUGCAGCUCACGGCUGGCCGGCAUGGGGACGACCUUCACAACACCAAGAUGGAGAUCUCAGAGAUGAACCGCAUGAUCCAGCGGCUCCACUCGGAAAUUGAUAGUGUAAAGAAACAGUGCGCCAGUUUGCAGACGGCCAUUGCAGACGCUGAGCAUCGUGGGGAGCUGGCUCUCAAGGAUGCCAGGGCCAAACUGGCCGAGCUGGAGGAUGCUCUGCAGAAAGCCAAGGCUGACCUGGCCCGGCAGCUCCGCGAGUACCAGGAGCUCAUGAACGUCAAGCUGGCCCUGGACAUCGAGAUCGCGACCUACAGGAAGCUGCUGGAGGGCGAGGAGAGCAGGCUGGCUGGAGAAGGCGUUGGUGCAGUGAAUAUUUCCGUGGUCUCAUCUGGGAGCAGCUAUGGAGGUGGGAACACGCUGGGGCUGGGGUCAGGCCUCAGCAACAGGCUCAGCGUGGGGGGAAGCGGUGCCAGCUCCAGCCUGGCCGGGGGAUCCAGCUCUGGCAUGGGAAGCAGCUCAAGCAUGAGGUUUGUAUCCAAAAGCACCACCAAGAAGAGCUAUUGGAGAUAAGUCGUGGCAGCACCCAGCUCACCCAGAGCAGAAGAGCUUGAGCACCGUCUCCUGCUGCCAGCACGAAGCCUGUUAACACCAGCCACAGUCAUGCUUAUCACUUUCCCAUUAGGGGAAAACAUAUUCCCAGCGCUACUUAUUGGCUUGGGAGAGGUGCCUCUUCAAGUCCAGCUACUUCCUCUGCAU